AUGAACUUUAUUUAUUUUAAUAUAUUAUUUUUCUCACUCUUAUUAGAUACAUUCAUAUCAUCACAUACGAAUAUUCCUAGAACAAACCAUAAUAAUUCGAAAAAUGCAACAGUUAAUAAAACACCCGUAAAUACAAUUCCAGAUGUUAUUACAUUAGAUUAUAUAAGAGAACAAUUAAAACAAAUUCAACUAAUAAAAGAUGAAAUAAUCAAAGACAAAUUAAAGAAAAUUAAAUUACUAAAAAAGAAAUAUAAAAAUAAAAAAAACAAAGAUCAUAAUGAUAUUAAAGAAGAAAUUGAAAAAUUAGAAAAAGAAAUAUUGGAUACUAAAAUAUUAUGCGAAGAUUAUAUAAAAAAUGAAUUAAAAGAAAUCUCAUUAUUAAAAGAUGAAAUUGUAAAGGAUAAAAUAGAAAGCUACCACUGGAAGAGAGAUAAAUUAAUAGAUUAUGAAUUAAACAAACUUUUCCUAGAAGAAAAAAGAAAAAGAUUAUUAGAAUCAUAUGAACAAUAUGUAAAGGAACAAUUAGAAAAGAAAAAAAUGAAAGAGAAAAUAUUAAAAGAAAAACAAAUUAAGAAAAAAUUGAAAAUUCAAAAAUUCAAAAAUGAAAGUAUCAUCUAUAAUAUAUAUUUAAAUAUAAAAAAUUAUUUCAUUGAAAUUAUAAAUGAUGUUCCAGAUGUAGAAUUAACAUGCCCAAAAUAUUUUCAAGAUUUAUUUAAAAAGAAAAAAGGCAAAAGAAAAACAUUUUUCGAACUAUGGACUUCAUUUUAUGAAAUAAUGGAAGAGAAAGUUCAUAAAUAUCAAAUAGGAGGAUAUACAAUGGGAAUAGGAAUAAUUUCAGGAAUAGCAAAAUCAAUACAUUCUAUUGCUGCAACUCCUGCAGCGUGCGCUAAGGCUAUUGCUAUAAAAGCUUCAUGUGCUGCUAAAGCUGCGGCUCAAACUUCUACUCAAGUAUGUUCUCUAAAAGUCGCGUCUAAAGUUGCUGCCCUUAAUACAGUAUGUGAGGCAUCUCUAGCAUCUCCUGAUGUGGCUACAAUAGUUGUAGCAUCAAUAAUAAUUAUUAUACUACUUAUACUUCUUAUGAUAUUCAUAUAUUUCUUAAUUAAAAAAUCUGGUAUAUUACAAAACGAACACGUACAAAAUGUAAUAUCCAAAUUAGAAUAG